AGAACCUUCCAGGGGAGAGGCGAUCCUGGACUUGGUCCUAAGUAAUGCCCAAGAUCUGGUGAGAGAUGUAAAAGUGGUUGCAGCGCUUGGGAACAGUGACCAUAAUGUUAUUGAGUUCAGCAUUUGCAUAAAUAGGGAGUUGCCCAAAAAGACCAACACAACCACUUUUAACUUGAAUAGGGGUAACUUCUCUGAGAUGAGGGGGCUUGUGAAGAAGAAACUGAAAGGUCAAAAGGGUCAAAACCCUUGGGGAAGCUUGGAGACUAAAACUACAAUCCUAAAAGCUCAGAAAAAAUAUAUACAGCAGGUUAGGAAAGGCACAAAUAGGUAUAAAAAAAGGCCUGCAUGGUUAACAAACAAAGUAAAGGAAGCUAGAAAAGGUAAGAAGGUUUCCUUUAAAGGGUGGAAAGCUAGUCGGAGUGAGGUAUAUAAAAGGGAACACAGGCUGUGGCAAAGAAAAUGCAAGUCUGUGAUCAGGCAGGCAAAAAGGGACUAUGAGGAACACAUUGCAAAAAACAUAAAGACCAACAAUAAACAUUUCUUCAAAUAUAUUAGAAGCAGGAAACCAGCCAGGGAGGCAGUGGGGCCCCUGGAUGAUCAAGGGGUAAAAGGAUUACUGAAGAACAAUAGGGAAAUGGCCGAGAAGCUACAUGCAUUUUUUGCCUCUGUCUUCACUGUAGAAGAUGAGAGGUGCUUGCCCACUCCAGAACCGCUGAUUUCGGGAGGAGUGCUGAAAGACCUGAGUCAGAUUGAGGUGAUGAGAAAGGAGGUCCUACGACUGAUAAGUAUCCAGGGCGUAAUGUCUGGCAAACGUCUCCGAGGAGGACCAGGUGGCCACCCUGCAGAUGUCACGAAGUGGAAUCCCUCUCAGGAAUGCCGCAGACGAGGCUUGUGCCCUUAUCGAAUGCGCUUUGACCUCCAAAGGGCAAGGAAGACAGUCCUAUCGACCCGGAAUAAGCCAAGCUGUUAGCCUCAGUCUGGGAAGAUCGUGAUAUAGGAUCCCUCUGCC